AUGGCACGAAAUGAAGAAAAAGCACAGUCGAUGCUGUACCGGUUUCGGGAGGCACAAGCAGCCGAACUGGGUAUGUCCACCAAAUCCGAUCGUCGCCCACGAUUAGCAAGUAGUUGUCAGGAUCUUCGUCAGUGUGAAAGAUGGAGAGGUGAAAUCUUGCGCGAGGUCAGUCGAAAGGUAUCCAAGAUCCAAGACGCCGGUCUCACCGAUUACGAAGUGCGGGAUCUGAACGAUGAGAUCAAUAAGCUACUGCGUGAGAAAGGGCAUUGGGAAAACCAGAUCAUUAAUCUCGGCGGCGCAAACUAUCGGAGGAUUGGCUCGAGUACGUUCGAUGGCGCCGGACGCAGUGCACCCGGCCAACGUGGCUACAAAUAUUUCGGACGGGCUAAGGAGCUUCCGGGUGUCAAGGAGCUCUUUGAAGGGGCUAGCAAGCAACAAGAAGAACUAGAUGGACUCAAGAAAACCGACGAUGUCUAUCACAUGUUCAAGAACCAAGGCCCAAGCUACUUUGGCGAUCUUGACGAAUACGGGGAGGAAGGUGAACAGUUACUCAAGUACGAAUCUGCACAUGAAAGACAGGAUUGGGAGGAUACGUUUGAAUCGAUGUCGGCUCUGUUGGGCUUACCACCGGGCGAAUCAGUUGUUCCGCCCUUCCCAACUGGUACAAGCCAUGUCGAUCUCAGCUCACAUCUCGCCAGCGAACCUGCGGCCCAAACAAACGCCACGCGGGAUAAGCGGAAAGCAGACAACGAUUCUCCGGGUACACCGAGCAAAAAGAAGACCUCUAAUUCUGACGAGAAUGGGCUGCCCAGCGAGCAGGACAAAGAAGCACUACCCGACCCGAUCGAUUCCUCAAGCCAACCAGACAAAACACAAGCUCCUACAAAGCCGCCUUUGUCUGUCUUCGAUCCCGCAGAUCUACAGCCACCGCCGGUCCCGACGCUCGAGCAAUGGGAGCAGAUGAUUAUCCAGUUACAAAAAGCCGCUUUAUUGAAAGAAUAUAUUGGCUAG